CCCACGUUAUCUUGCGUGUCGUUUCGGUCUCAACUCUCUCUCCUCUCUCUCCUCUCUCCAAGAAAUUGUGUGUUCUUGCAAGGUUUUCCAUCCUGUAUUGCUCGCACUCUCAUUUUUUUUUUCCAUUUUUGGUCUUCUCGCAUCCGAUCCCCUGCCCUUCCGUCCCGCAAUCAUGGGCUCGCAUUCUGGAACAUGGAAAAGGGCGGGUGUAGAGAAAUCCAAUGGCAACAUUUAUAGCUCCCCUGUGUGUGAAAAUUCCAACAGUGCCGUUUAUUGCUUGACUGUCCAAGAAAACCAUGGAAAGAUUUUCUUAAACGGGAGAAGAAUAGGAGAACUUCUAGAGGUGAUGAGCAGCUUUGAGCAGGACAGGGGUCGUCCACUGCCAAAGUUUGGUGAAUGGGAUGUAAAUAAUCCUGCAUCUGCGGAAGGAUUUACAGUCAUAUUUAACAAGGCUAGAGAUGAGAAGAAGACCACUGGAACUGCUGCCAGCACGGUUUCACCUCAGAGAAAUGAGUCUAUCUAUAACAAUGAAACUUUCCCUCAAUAUCAUCCACCGAAGAAGAGGUGGUUUUGCUGUGGUUGAAGGAUCUUCAAUUUGUGUAUCUACUGUGAAAGCCCGUAGGAUGUGAGUGAUCUACCCAGACCUCUGAAUCCCAACAAAGUUGUUGCACCAACAAAUUUCUAAUAACUACUCUUUUCCCUUUUCACUUUGGCUUUCCACGAUAUAUCUACGUUAUAUAAUAAUUUAUAUCACAUGUUCUUCUGUUUCUUUGUAAUGUAAUACAGGAUGGAAAAGACAAAGAUUACAUUGUCAAAAUCGUGUUUCAAUUUCUUGUGUUCCUUGUGUAUCAACAUAUGGUGGAAGGAUUCUGAUGGGAACCUAAACACAUAUAUAUAAAUCAACAUACUUUACUCUUCUGGCUU